CAGCCGGACCCGGGGCUCGGCGGCGUUGGUCGCUAUUCACGAAGAGGCGCGUACGCAAAGAGCGGGCGCUGUGGCAACCAGGGCACGCGCGCGCUGAGGGGCGGCCGGCGCUGAGGGGCGGGAGCGGGGGCUCGUGUUCAGUGAGAACUAAACCAGAUUAAGACAAUUCAGCAGAUGAACACACAUUAGUGCUGAUGAUGCACGAUCCCAGCCUCUUUCACAGCUUCCUGACAGCGUAUGUUUGCUCAAAGAGCUCCUUGGGGACACAGAGCACUGUUCAAAGUCAGUAGGUGUCUUUAUGGUACAUUAUCUGCCCAGUCACCAAGUACAGCCAUUUUGGACUAUUUUUAGGGAUAGGGAGAACCUUUCUCAGGAAGAUUUGGGAUGGCACAGCCUCGUAUCUCAGCGUACCUCCCCCCUGACAUAGACCCCACCAAAGCUGCUCUGGCCUUUGGGAGGAGAGCCCUUCCUAAGCUGAAUGAGGAGCUGCAGUCUCCCGAGCUGCUGACGCAGCAGCGGGCACUGAUGGCUCUCUGCGAUCUGGUCCACGAUCCAGAAAAAGUCUACGAGGCAAUAGCAUUAGGAUUCUUGGACAGCCUGAAGGCUUUGCUGGUGCAUGAAGACCGAACUGUCCGGCAGAAAACAACAGAAGUUCUCUCUGUAAUGGCUUUGCACAGUAUUGGCAGGGAAGGGCUGAUACGAAGGGGAGUCAUCUCUGCCCUGGCUGGGCUCCUGGACGAUCCAGUGGAUAUCUGUCGAAAGAACACCCAUCAGGUCUUUGACAUGCUGGCAAGAUUACCUGAAGGGGCUGGUGGUGUCCUGCAGGCUGGUUUGAUUCCCCCGCUGGUGCUGAAGCUGGAGACAGAGCUGGAUGAGAUCCAGGAGCUGAUCCUGAGCACCCUCUCCAACUGCCUCCGUGUGGAGGUGUCUGAAGCCCUGGCAGCUGGUGCUGUCCCUGUGCUGAAGGAAAAGCUCUCACACCCCUACUCAGCCAUCAGGAGCAAAGCAGCCUGGGUCCUCUUAGAAAUCAGCUCCCACGCCGAGGGGAAAAUCGCCGUGUUUGAGGAAGAGGUGAUUCCCGUGCUGCUGAGCCUGCUGGAGGACGCGCGGCCCGAAGUCCAAGUGAACUCAGCGGGAGCGCUGAUGUUCGCUCUCGUUACACCUCAGGGGAGAUCCUCAGCCAUGGGUGCUGCAGCCAUUCCACCUUUACUGACGCUGGUUGCUGAGGAAACCAGCAAAGCGCGUUUGAAUGCAAUCAAAGCCCUCACCCUGCUGGCCGAGCUGCCGGAGGGCCGCCAGGCGCUGCUGGAGCACAGGGACACCUUCCUGCGCUGUCUGGAUGAUCCCAGCGAGGCCGUGCAAAGAGCGGCCGAAAUCGCCAUCACCGUGAUCGACUGGAAACCCUUCUGCAGCCGCGAUCUUUUCUAGAGAUCUAUUGCCCUCUGUUGUUGUCUGGCUGUAAAGGUACACGAUUACACGAGACCUUCAGCACCCCAGAGCUCUCUUCCUUACUUACUCUGGCUCAGCUUCUCCUGAAAAGUUAUUUGGCAACAGUUUCACAUCUAUAUUGCAGGUCACAAGCAGAAAAAUGAAGAAGAAAACUUAGGAAGUGUGGAAUUCUCCACUAGGAGUUGUUCCCCUAAUUACCAAGAUUUUCCUAUGAUUCAAGACAUCAAUCCCUUUUAUUUUCUUCCUAAUGUUCUCUCCUUUUUUUUUUUUAACCUCAGCCUAUCAAACACUAAUCAAUAAUUAAUUAUAUUAGAAAGGUUCACAAUUAACCCCUCCAGCAAAUCGUCCAUAGUGACAAAUUGAUCUAACAACAUGAAUUCACAUGAAUUUUGCUGCAAACAUUUGUUGAGCGUGGGAUUAAGAGCAAAGUCAGAAAGCCUUUACCAGGUUAAAGCCUUGGUAAAGCUGUGCUGGGGCCUCUCCAACAGGAGAGGGCUCUGGUCCCUAAUUGGAAUUGCUUGGAACAGAAAACAAAAGCACCUCGGGGUUUGAGCUGAAGGCAAAGGAAGUGGUGAGAAGUUUCAGUAGCAUUUUACUCACUGGGAGUUCAAGGCUGGUCACUACUGACAUGUUACAAAUUUCUGUCUGCAGUUACAAGAGUGUAAUUCAAGAUGCUUCAGCAGGAGGCCUGGCCAAAGAAAUAACACAAAUGAGCAGGACAGCCCUGGCCAUUGUCAGCCACCAAGGAAGAUGUGACAGGGUGGCUGGCACAGCUUCACAGCAAGUCCUGUUUGUUUUCACUUGGGCUUUGUUCUCACAUGGGAGUUUUAUAUCCAGAAUUGUAGCUACAAAGCAGCUGCAUCAGGUCUGUAAAAGGGGUUAUUUGUCAGGGCUGCUUUUCCAUUCAAACCCACAGUCACACUGCAAACUGCAUUACCCUUACACACAGGAUAAACUCUCCCUGUAGGAGUGAUUACAGUUAAAAUGCUUCUCUUCCAUAAUGUAACCAAAGGGUGAAUUUCCUCUCUUAUAAAGAUGUGAUUUAAAGUAUUGAGUCAGUUGGAUUCAUUCCCUCCAGGCAGGAUCUUGGAGGAACUCUGCCUUUUAUACACAUAAGGCACUCGUACGUGAUACAUAUUGGUGCCAGAGUGCAUCCAACUCAAUAAGAGAGGCCAGGCAGCUUUAAUCACAUGCUAAAGGACUAGAGCAGCACAGUGCAGGCCCAGCUGCUCCUACAGAACUGCAGGAAAACUUGGUAACAAUCAUCAUUUUAACCCAGGUCCAGCCUUGUCACAGCCUUCCCUCAUAAUUCACUGAUAAUUCAGUGAAUUCCCAAAAUAAUUAGCUUGUUCAGAUAGAGAAAUGAGACCAUCCACACUGAACUGCUCUGGCUAAAAGAAAUUGAUUUGGACCUUAAGUAGUGUGUUCUGAGCAUCUGCCUGAUCAAUGCUUUAAAGACAAUAUAAACUGUUCCCAAAAAAGCCUCUCCAUGGAUCAGUGUUCCCAUCUCACACACACAGCUCAGAAAUGGAACAAAGCCUCAGGUGAACUCUGAGUUAUGGACACUACUGGGGCCCUCCCACAUGCCAGCUUUUGUCUCAGCAAUUCUUUGGCCCUGUUACACCUGACAACAUGAAACCAUCACACUCCCAACACAACAGGAAUUCCCUUGGGCUGUACUGACCAUGUGCUGCCUCUGCAAAUGCCAGGAUUUAAAGGCUGUGUAUGAACACCAACUGUUAAUUGGGGUUUUCUACUUGCAGAGCUGCAUUAUUGACAAAAAGGUGGUUGCAGAUAUAAUAAUCCAAAGUCAGGCUGUGCUGAGGGCUGAUUCCCUGCUUUGGGAUGAGAGACAAGAGUCCCCAUUUCAUGAGGCUGGGAAUUAAUUAGCACUGUAGGUGUCAGUAAAACAAUUGGCUGGACCAAAGAACAGUUGAUGAACACUUUCCCUGGACUCAGCUUGCAGUCAGGAAUACUCCAUAAUAAAGCUACCACAGACUUGGUCACAAAAAUACUGAAGAUCUUUUGGAAUUGCUUCACACACAUUACAAAUACUUAAAUGAACAUCUCAGGAUUGGCACCCCACACCCCAAUUAAACUCACCCUUUCAAAGGAAAUGCUGUGUGUACAGCAAGUGUCUGGUUUUAGCACCAAGGCAAAUUUUUAAUAUCAAUGAAAUCAAUUUGCCUUUUUAGCUUGAAGCCAACAAUUAUUAAGGCCCAGAUACAAUUAAUAUGGUCCCAGGUCAAUACAGGAAUUAAUGCACUUACACUCUACACAGAUUGAGCUUUCAAACCAUUGCCCAGCAGUCCUCAGCAGCACCAGGACACAAGGCAGCUGCACCCAUGGGAAACAAGGCUUCCCUGUGGACUCUUGUGUCCCACCCAGACAGAGGUCACAUGGAAUUUUUUCUAACAGUUUCCAGAAGGUUAAGAAUGUUAUGGCUCUUUGUUCUUGCAGCUACAGACUCAUUUCCACUGUCCCUAUACUCCUUCAGAAGGCCAAGGGGUGGAAAUCAUCCUGUCCUGCUCUGGAAAAUGGCAGCUUUUAAUUCCAUCUCUUCAUGUUUCAAAGCAGGGAGGAUAUUUGUUUCUCACCAUUAUAUUUUUUAUUAAAAAAUAUAAAAAUCAUAUAGUGAGAGAUUUGUCAAAGGACAAAAUAAUCUGGGAAAAUCACAUUUGGCUAAUGGCAUUAAACCAGAAGGGCAGAGACAGCUACACACAAAGCUAAUAUGCUCAAAGCACAGGACUUCCUUUUAGCAAGACAAAGUUUGCAAUUUGAAUGAAUAAAACCCUUUUAAUAAUUUGUUUUCGCAUACCUUGCAUAUAAACUACAUUUUUAAAGUUAUAGGUUCCAAUACUGUAAACAAAAAUGUGCACAGAAGGACGAGAAACUCUCACCUCAGCUUGAAGCUCUCCCAGGUACCUUCAGAAAAGGAGGGGAGGGUCUGACCCAGGCAGGCACAGCUGCUCUGGCCUCAGCUGUGCCAGGGGAGGGCAGGGUGGGCUCAGCAGCUCCAGGGGAAUUAUUCGUUCUCACAGCUGCCCAUGGCAGAGGGCAAGAAGGAAUAUUCUUCAGGAGGCACAAAAAAGGCAACCUGUUUUAUUAAUAAUAAGGAUGAUAACUUGAGGCACUGCUUAUACUGUCUUGCAUUAAAACAACCAGUGGAAAAUGGAGUGAGUGAAGUUUUUCUGUCCUUUAGGUUCUCCAGCACAGGCCUACAACACACACUCCAUGAGAAAAUGCCAUGAAUCACCAAAAAAAGCCAGGGGUUUUGCAUUUCCCAUCUCCUUCAGCAGGGUAUUGCCUGCUGUUACUGAAUCUGGGACUCUACAGGUUCUCAUUUCAGCACCAGGGAAGGUCUCUGGUUGCUGCUCCCUUCCCUCUCUGUGGGUUCUCUGCAGGGCACAGCCCCCUGCAGCUGCCACAUGAGACCACUGAGCCAAUUCAAGCACCCAGCAGCUUUCCUGAGAGCAGCUUUGCUGGGACCCCCCAGCCUGUGCCCAGAAAUGGCAGCUCUAAACCCCUCUGGCUCCACACUUCAAACCAGUGAGCUCAAGUGCCCUUCAGGUACAAUGGCUGCCAGUACUGGAUGGAUUGUUUAGCUUUGCUCCUCGUUUUAGUGUUGGCUUUUACAGGAACACUGCUGGUUUUGCCAGCUGAGGCAGCUCAGGGAGCUGAGUCCCCUGGCAAUCCCAGCUGCUCUGGGCUCCCAUCACCACAUCCACCUGCUCCUGAGGAGCUCAGCCUGUGCCAUGGCCUGGUUCAGCAUGGCCAGACAGUCUGCUUGAAACCACCAUGGCUGCUGCAGGCUGAUUCCAACCAAAGGCCCAGAUAUUCCCUCCCCUGGCAUUUCAGUGCAGGAGAUUUGCAGUAAAGAAACAGGAAUAAACCCAAAUUCUGAGUUCUAAGAACAGGGUGUUAUCAUCAUCAUCAAUACUAAACAUUUGUGAGAUACUUGGAUACAUUUUGUGAGUGAUACAGAAAAUUAAAUGAACAGUGAUUACCCUUUUUCAGGAUUUUUCUUAAGAACUAGAUAGUAUUUCCUAAAUGGUAAAGAUUUUGCUUAGUUGUUCUUUACAGAGCAGUGUCACAAUUUGCUAACAGUGCUAUUAAGUGCAUAUUGUAUUUUAUUUUAUUAAAAUAAUUCUGUAUAUCUAAAGUCCACUAAAAAAGCUUUAACCAUGUGCCUUACCUGACAGGGAUGUCUCCAGAUCCCCUGGAACAGAGCUGUGUUGUGCUGUACAAGCCAGGCAGGUACUUUGUGCUGUGAGCCAGGGGUUUAUUUGGAGUCUCACCACUAACCAGACAUUUUUCAAAUGUAUAAUCAAACACUGGGGAAAGGGUGUGCUCACAGUUCCCACCUCUAGAGCAUGGCAAUGCCACAACAGUGCAAGCUGCUGCUUUUAGCUGUGUCCCCAGCAACAGCUCAUGGACAGAGCUCCCCUGAAAACUGAAGGAAAAUCAUUUUCUUCCUUAAAAUCAUGAAUGUAAUAGCUACCAACCUGAGCUGGCAUUUAAUGUUAGCUAAACAUUACAAUUUUAUCAACUGUUCACAAUAGAAGGCAAUUUUUCUUUGAAAUUCUACAAAAUUACAGGAAUCAACAGCAGCUGUCAAACCUUUUGCAAACAUUUGAGCUCUUCCCUCCACAACACCCACCUUCAGCCCAGAACCAAUCAGGUUGCUGAGGACAUACAGUGAAUAUCCCUGGGAAACUCUGUUAGAUUUUCACAACUCUGUGCUUCUGAGGAGCAAAGUCAUGCAAUGAUGCCUGAUUACCCAGGAGGUCACACAAAGGCUGCUCACACUGCCAGGAAAUCACUUCAGUUCUUUGUCUUUAUCCAAAUAGCUUUAUCAUUUCACUGUAUUUUGUAGCAAAGAAUGACAAAGAGGGAUCUGGGCAAUCCUCAGUGACAUCUUCCUUGGUUGUUUUUCAUCCAUUACUAUUACCCAGAGGCAAAACCUAGACACCAAAUGAAGUUUCUCUGUCUUCCAUCACAUGAUAUAAAAAUCCCAUCACUUUGUGGACACCAAAUCCUUCAAAACAUACAAUUACUUUAAUACAUACAAAUCUUCAUUGUUCAUUAAAUACAAUUAAUUCCAUGGUCUUUAAAAUACUCUAUCACUGUGUUAAGGUUUGCACUGGUAUUCCUGAAGUAUUGAUUAAUCUGUCCUGUGCAAAGGACCCUGAAGGGAUUCAUGCUAAAUAGCACCAACUCUACUCUAGAGCAGCAAUUCUGCUGCAAUCCUGAGCAUUUGGGGUUACAAAUGAAGCAAAGAUCCUGCCAGGAGAGGAAGAAGUGGCAGAGAUGCAAGGCCAGGAGGC